CGCCACCCAGGAAGUGCCAGGCCCGGCUCGGCCUCAGCCCCUCCGGAUCGCGCGGGCGGCGGGGCGCAUGGACGGCGGGUCGGCAUCGUCGCGGCCCCUUCGGUCUGCCCUGUCCGCUGAAGAGCAGCCGCCGUCUCAGCCAGUGCCCAGGAGGAGCGCCAGCCCUCCACCGUGCCCGGUGCCCGGGGGGACAUGCCACAGGACAGCGGGGGCUCGGCCCAAAGUGAAGCCGGAUGGCGGCACCAGCAGCCGUAGGGCCGGGCGUGGGAAGGCCCGGCUGAGCCACCCCUCGGAGAGACGGAGCCUUCCCUCGUCCAAAGCCAGGCCAGCCACGGAGGGUGCCCAGCGGGCAGACCCCGAACCCUCCAAGGGGCUGGGCCAUUCCUUGCGGCAGAAGCUGCAGGCCGCCGUGGGGCAGUGCUUCCCCAUCAAGAGCCUGUCGCGCUCGCCGGACCUCUCUUCCCAGCGCAAGAUCCACCUCCGGGAGCUGAUGCUGGACACCUGCCCCUUCCCCCCGGGCUCGGAGCUGGCCCGCACCUGGGAGCUGAUCAAGCAGCACACGGUGCCCGUCUCCGAGCACGAGGGCCUGGCCGCCCUGCCGCCCGAGGAUGAAGACGACCGCCUGAGGGAACGCCGGCGCAUCAGCAUCGAGCAGGGCGUGGAGCCCCCGCCGGAUGCCUUGAUCCACACGUUCGAGGUGACGGCGCAGAUCAACCCCCUGUACAAACUGGGGCCCAAGCUCGCCCACGGCAUGACUGAACUCGCCGGGCCAGGCCGGGCCGCGCUGACCGCCACGGAUGAGCAGGACGAGGAGGACGAGGAGGAGGAAGAGGAGGAGGAGGAGGAGGAGGUGGAAGAGCUGGAGUCAGCCUUGGUCGGGCUGCCGGAGGUCCGGGACGGCCUGCGGGCGCACACCCAGAUCGACUACAUCCACUGCCUGGUGCCUGACCUGCUGCAGCUGACACAGCUCUCCUGCUACUGGGGCGUGAUGGACCGCUACGAAGCCGAGUCGCUGCUGGAGGGCAAGCCGGAGGGCACCUUCCUCCUGCGGGACUCGGCCCAAGAGGACUACCUCUUCUCCGUCAGCUUCCGGCGCUACGGCCGCUCCCUCCACGCCCGCAUCGAGCAGUGGAACCACAACUUCAGCUUCGACGUCCACGACCCCAGCGUCUUCCACGCGCCCACCGUGAGCGGCCUCCUGGAGCACUACAAGGACCCCAGCGUCUGCAUGUUCUUCGAGCCGCUGCUCUCCACCCCCGUGCACCGCACCUUCCCCUUCGGCCUGCAGCACCUCUGCCGGGCCGUGGUGACCUGCUGCACCACCUACGACGGCAUCGGGCACCUGCCGCUGCCGCGGGCGCUGAAGGAGUACCUGAAGGAGUACCACUACAAGCAGCGAGUGAGGGUGCGGCGCCUGGACACCUGGGGCACCUGAAACUGAGCCCCAGCCUCCCAUCAGCCUCCUGGCUCUGCCUGCCUUUUCCUCGUACGCCUUGACCCGCCGUCUCUUACCUGGCCUUCUCCAGGACGGGUGGGGGCUGGUUCCCGGCACUUCUAGCUGGCACGCUGGCUGGAGACGCGGAGCACAGUAACCUGGCACGUCCGAGAAGGGUUUGGGCGGAGGAAACGGCCCCGUCUCCCUCCACGCCUUUCCGGGCUUGUGAGCACAAGGGGGGGUUUGUGGGUGCCUUUUUUCCUAUCCGGGGGCAAAAUCCAGGGCUGUCCAGACUUUGGAGAAAGUUUCCGGGACCUUUGCAAGCCAGAGCAAAAAACAGAGGACUUCCAAUUCACCAGAAUUUGUAGCAUCAAAGGGCUGAGCCCCCCUCCCCCCCACCAGACGGGGGAUUCACCC